UUCUCUCUCCAGGGAACAUUCCUUAUAUUGGGUAGUGUUGCUAUGAAUGGCCUGAUAGUUGCAAUGCUUUACAGACCCCUGAGUCUGCACAACAUAUUUACAAGGAAAAGGUAAUCACGCAACAUUUUAGUGUGAGAAUGAAAUAAAAAUAUAUAAAAAGCAGUUUUAGUGCCACAGGUUAAGUAGAAAUAGAAUAUGUGCCUUUUGUGCCAUCCAUUGUUGACAAUGUGAAGAGGAUAAUUAGUGCCAUACGUUAAGUAGAAAUAGAAUAUGUGCCUUUUGUGCCAUCCAUUGUUGACAAUAUGAAGAGGAUAAUUAGUGCCAUACGUUAAGUAGAAAUAGAAUUUGUGCCAUCCAUUGUUGACAAUAUGAAGAGGAUAAUUAGUGCCACGGGUUAAGUAGAAAUAGAAUAUGUGCCUUUUGUGCUAUUCAUUGUUGACAAUAUGAAGAGGAAACAAAAAAUCUAGUAUUUUUUUAAGAAAUAUUUUUUCUUACAAAUUUUUUGGAUUGUUGAGAGUUCUUUAUAAUCAGCAACCUGAUAAUACAAUACAAUUUUGUCCAUAGGAUUUAUGAAGGGGAGCAACUUAUGGAAUCCAGUGAGCUGCAGUUGUCUCCCUGGCAAAAAGACGUUUUUUCUUCAAAGGAACAAGAUGGGAUUUCUUAUGAUCAACAUAAAAUGCAGGAUCCAGAUAUAAGUGGCACCCUGAAACCUAAUACUGCAGAUAAGCAUCUUAUACAAGAACCAGGUUCUUUACGAAGAACCAAAAAACAUUCCUGGCUCCUGUCUUCACUGAAGCUCUGUUUUCCCGUGGAAAAACAUGAGAAAAAAGGCCAAAAAGGAUUGUUUCAUUUCUCACUACUGAAAGACUCCUCGUUUCUCAUGUUCUGCUUAAGUAUAGCACUUUUUACAUCAGCGUUCAAAGCCGCCUUCACCUUCAUCCGAGCCUUAGUCAAAUCUAAGGGUAUUUCCCAAACCGAGGCCGCCCUAGUGCUGUCUGUAACGGGAGUCUUUGAUACAUUGGGACGAAUCACCUCAGGACUAAUCUUUGAUUUAAAGACCAUUCGUCCAUUCAGAUUUGUGAUAUACACUUCUCUCCUGUUUGCCACAGCAGGGAUUUCUUUUAUCCUGCCGUCAAUGACAAACUUUUCCUCCUUGUCUGUGCUGUGUUGUGUGUAUGGAUCCUUAACGGGGGCUUACAUCGCACAAAAGUCCGCUGUUAUUGUGGAUAUCCUUGGAGUACAGAACAUGGCCAGUUCAUUUGGACUGCUGAUAUGCUUUCAGGCUGUAGGAACUUGUGUGGGACCACCCUUAUCCGGUAGGUAUUCCAAUUUUUGUUUAUUGAACUGA